GUCAGAGCAGCCAGUGGUUUGUCUUCGCUGCCAAUGCUCGGGCUCAGACUUUUGGAGAUUUCUGCGAGGGGAAGGAACUGCCUAAGUCUGACUUUCUCUGAGAAGGAAAACUCUUCCACUUAACUUGAGGGACGCAAAGAGGUUUCUAAAGUUUUGUCUCAUCUAGUUGGCAUGGAAUGACGCUUUGUCCCCUGGAGCUUCGAAAACACGAUGGCAAGCCGUUUUCUCAAGUGGAUCAGUCUCACCUCUCUGCUCUGGCUGGGCUCCCAUGUUCAGGCUGAAAAGAAAGUAUGCCAAGGUAGCACCAACCGUUUAAACCUUCUGGGGACUAAAGAUGACCACUACCUGAACAUGGUGAAGACCUACAGCAACUGCACUGUGGUCCUUGAGAACCUGGAGAUCACCUACAUGGAGCCACACCGAGACCUGUCCUUUCUAAAAUCUAUUGAAGAAGUGGGUGGCUAUGUCCUGAUCGCCCUCAACACAGCCCCCAGGAUUCCUUUGGAGAAUUUGCGCAUUAUUCGAGGUCAUUCCCUCUAUGAGGGAACGUUUGCACUUUCUGUACUUGCCAAUUUCAACAAAAGUACAGGUCAGGGCACCACCGAGCUUCUUCUGAACAGCCUAACAGAAAUUAUUAAAGGAGGUGUGAAGUUUGACAACAACCAGCUAUGCAACGUGGAAACAAUACAGUGGUAUGAUAUUGUCAAUGCUGACACCAAACCCAAAAUGGACCUCAAGAUGACUAGUAAGAACCCACUCUGUAAAAAGUGUAACUCAAGCUGCUACAAUGGUUCAUGUUGGACACCAGAACAUUGUCAGACGUUUACUAAGCUUAACUGUGCACAGCAGUGCUCGAAGAGAUGCAGAGGACCUUCACCUAGUGACUGUUGCAAUGAGCACUGUGCAGCAGGAUGCACAGGACCCAGACCCACCGACUGUCUGGCCUGUCGGGACUUCCAGGAUGAUGGGGUAUGUAAGGACUCCUGUCCAGGCCUCAUGCGCUAUGAUCCCAACCUGUACCAGCUGGUUCCUAACCCACAUGGAAAGUACACCUUCGGGGCCGCCUGCGUGAAAAGCUGCCCGCAUAAUUAUGUUGUUACUGAUCAUGGAGAGUGUGUGCGGACGUGCAGCGGUAAGACAUACGAAGUGGAUGAAGGAGGAAUCAGGAAGUGUGCCAGAUGUGAAGGACUGUGUCCAAAAGUGUGUAAUGGAAUUGGAAUGGGAAACCUGACCCACACACUGGCAAUCAAUGCCACCAACAUUGGUACCUUUAAAAACUGCACCAAAAUCAAUGGCAACGUUGAUAUCAUCUACACGUCGAUUCAUGGGGAUUCAUUUACCAAAACACCACCCAUGGAUCCUGGCCAGCUUGAUGUAUUUAAAACAGUUAAAGAAAUUACUGGGUAUUUGUGGAUUCAGCACUGGCAGGAUAACAUGAGCUCACUCAGCCCUUUUGAGAAUCUGGAGAUCAUUCGAGGAAGAACAAAACGUGGAAGCCGCAGUUUGGUUAUAAUACAGCUUGAUAUUAACUACCUGGGCCUUCGUUCACUCAAAGAAAUCAGCGAUGGAGAUGUUGUCAUACGCAAGAACAAGAACCUCUGCUACACGAACAAAAGCCACUGGGAGAGGCUCUUCAAAUCAGGAAGUCAAAGUGCUACUGUGCAGGAAAAUUCUGAUGCUGCCACAUGUGCGCUGAAGAACAACACAUGCGAUGCGAAGUGUACCACAGAUGGCUGCUGGGGCCCGGGCCCCGACAUGUGUUUUGGCUGCCGCGAUUACAGCCGUGAUGGGAGUUGUGUUGACUCCUGCAACAUCCUGGAGGGAGAGCCACGGGAGGCAGCUGUUAAUAAAAUGUGCAUGGAGUGUCAUCCUGAGUGUCAGCGCAUGAACGGGACCGCAACGUGCAAGGCGCCUGGUUCUGGAAACUGCACUAAGUGUGCCAACUUCCAAGAUGGACUGUUCUGUGUGCCCUGCUGUCCCCGCGGCGUGCCAGGAGAGGAUGACACCCUGGUGUGGAAAUACGCUGAUGAGGAGAGAGUGUGCCAGCUAUGCCACAAAAACUGCUCUCAAGGGUAAAAGCAGUCAAGAACAGAGAAAUUGCACUACAUUUCUGUGAUACAAACAUCUUUUCUUGUAAUGAUUGCAGAAAUGUAAGCCUAAAGGGUCAACUGUGGUUUUGUUGGCACAGACUAGAAAAAAAAGUCUGUUUUCCAACAUGUUCACACAAUUUAGUAUUUAGAGAUGUUGCAGGCCAUGUGUAACAUGGCCUGCAACAAAUAGACAUUCUUUAUAUCUGUCCCCCAUAAACCCCCCACUAGAGCAGCUAAAGGGAGGGCGCCCAGCCCCUCCUAUACCACCAUGCCAGCUUCAUUUCAUUAAUGUUUUUAACAGAAACUUGGUUAAACCAAGAUAACAACGCAGCCACUCUGAUAGUCAACCCCUCCUAACUUUAGUUUUAUCAGUGAGGUCAGACUGAACAGGAGAGGAGGGGGGGUUGCAGUUCUACUCAAUGAAUCAUUUCAAUGUAAGCAGUUAUCGUUUGGAAAUUGUACUUAUUUUGAAUAUGUGGCUCUUCAGCUAAAAGCUAAAAUUAGAUCAAUGUUUCUGAAUAUAUACCGCCCACCAGGGUACUGUGCAGAAUUUCAUGAUGAGUUUAGUGAACUGCUGGCAUUAAUCUGUGUAGACUUUGACUGUGUAAUUAUUGUUGGUGAUUUUAACAUCCAUGUAGACAACCCUCAGGAUAAGGGGACUAAAGACCUGAGUAACAAUCUGGACAACUUUGGGCUGACUCAGCAUAUAACAGAGGCCACACACACUAAAGGACACACUCUAGAUUUACUGAUCUCGAAGGGUUUGAACUUUUCUAAAAUUACUGUGUGUGAUGUGGGCCUGUCUGAUCAUUACUGUGUUUUCUUUGAGAGAAUGAUUCCUGUUCACACAAAUGUCUCAACAGAGGUCAUCACAAAAAGGUAUAUAGCUGAAACAUGACUGGGAUGUUUAACCAGGUCUUCUCUUCAACACCUGCCCUAUCAGGGGGUUCAGCCGAUGAGCUUGUCACCAGUUUUAAUGCUGAAAUGUUAAGUAUCAUGGAUGCUGUUGCUCCUAUUAAGGUGAAAGUUGUCUCUGGGAGGAAAAGACCUCCAUGGAGAAAUUCCACAUUGGUGAAAAAUGGAAAAAGAGAGUCUCGGAAAGCCGAGCGUAGAUGGAAAAAAACAAAUCUACAGGUUCAUUAUGGCAUGUAUAAAGAGAAACUUCACUCUUAUAAUCUACAACUGAGGAAUGCAAGAAAGUCCUAUUUCUUUGACUUUAUUAGCAAAAAAUAUCAUAAUGCUCGGGUCUUAUUCGCUAUAGUCGACAGAUUAACAAACCCUCCUGUGUCAGUAGCACCUGAACUCUGUUCCAACAAGGCCUGCAAUGAGUUUGCCAAAUUCUUCACAGAAAAAAUCCAGAAUAUCAGACAAACAGUUGGUUCAUCAGCAGCAACGGGUUCAAUAAACAUACUGUGUCCAUUGAAAACCAGCUUAAACACCAUGACACAGUUUAGUCCCAUUAGCAGCAAAGAUCUAGGCGAUAUCAUAAGUGAGUUGAACUCCUCCUCUUGCUGCUUGGACAUCCUGCCCACAGGCCUUUUCAAAAAAGGUCUCAAGAACUCUGGAACCAGAUCUGUUACAGAUUUCAGGUGUCUUCCCAGAACUUCUAAAAAACAGCUGUAAUCAAACCUCUGCUAAAAAGGGACAAUCUAGACAAGACACAAAUGAGCAACUACAGGCCGAUCU